AUGGCGAAAAAGGCCAUGGAUGAAGACUCGGCAGAUAGGAGCGAUCAACGGUUUGUUAGGCAGCUUGCAACCACGUUCCAUGUUGAGACAUUGUUCCGGAGGAUCUAUACAGAUAGUGCGUAUUGGUUGGUGCAAGAGGAGGUCCGAAAGUUCUGUUACACGACGUCGGAGGCAUCCAAAAUCAUCACAUGUGAUACUGGUACUAUCAUUGAGUAUAUUUUUGAGGACCGGAAGUGGAUUAAACCAAAGAAUUCAAGGGCUGCUGAAAUACCGACUGAGUAUCGAGUGAAAUACGUGGUAACAUAUCACACCUCAACCCAUGACAUAUAUUGCCAAUGCAAGGGGUUUGAAUGUAGGGGUAUAAUGUGUAGGCACAUUAUUAAGGUGUAUGACAUGAAUGGUAUUCGUGAAGAUAUAAUUCCCGAAAGAUUUAUUAUGCGGAGAGGGUGGAAGGACAUACCAAGGAAGCAUACAAGGGUCAAGGUCCCGUAUCAUGAUCCGUCUAAGACGGAGGAUGUAGUUAUAUAUGACUCCAUGAUGCGAGACUUGGAGUCAAUCUGCUCAAAGGCAUCAGCGUACCAGGAAAGUAUGUUAGUUAUGACAGAACUGAUGAGUUUAAUGGAUAUCUGGGUUGACGAGGUAAGCGUAAUGGUGAAACAAAAGAGGCUUAAGGAUGCACAAGCCGAAUCUGCGACAAAUGACAAUGUUUUCGCCACUCCGUCGUCUGUGGCCAAUGACAAGGCUGAUGUAGCAACUCCUAGCAUUGCUGAGCAGGGAAGCUGUGAUGUAGGUUCUUUUUCUGGUGCUGAGUUCAUCAAGGAUCCUCCUAUUCCAAAAAGAAAAGCUCACAGGGAAACAAGUAAGAGGUUCCUAUCGUGUACUGAGCCGGAAAGUAAGAAGAUUGCUGCAAGGAAUCUGUACAAUGAAUUAAAAUAA